GUUUCGUCUUUUUUUAAUUUUUUUUUAUUUCAAUUUGAUCUUGUGACAUAUGCUUCCAUUUUAAUUACCUUGAAAUCGAAACUGAUUUCAUGUAAAAGCAUCGCAAAAUUACUGUUCAGGCUUGAUUAUCGGUAACAUGACUGAUAUUUCAUCACAAACUCACUUGACGCAUUGUCAACGCUCAAUCACGUUUGUGAAACCGACCGCAAGUAUGCCGUUGAAUUAUAGCUAGCAAUUUAGUAGACACAGAUACUUCUCGUUACUUUCUUAUCGACCAUAUGCGAACGUUUUUCAUGUUCUACUGUCAGUGAGCACCGCCACUGUGCCCCCAAUCGUUAGAUUUUGUGAUUGCGGCGAAAGAAAAAAACAAAUUUGUUUAGUUUUUCAAAUUGAGAAGAGAGAAGAAAAAAAAAAAAACGUUGAAUGCAAAAUUGAAUAAAUCACUUGAAUGACCUUUGACUAGUAUCAAUAUAUCGCAUGUUCUAAGUCAUUUCAAUCCUAUCCGUUUAAAUAGAGACAAAGAAUCUCCGAUUUGUAUGCGACAAACUUUGCAAUUUGUGCUGUUCAACCUGCAUGAUAGAAUGCGUAUAGGGAACAAAGGUCAAGUUUGACAAACGCACUUGAUUGCAAAACAAAGAUGGCAAGUGCCCCGAUUGAGGGAGAACAAAUUCGCUCAACGAAAGCUAACUGUAUUUGAUUGUUUGAUCGUGCACUCAGUCGUGCAUCAAAAGUGAACGUUGACAAAUAGCUAGAUAGUUCAAUCGAAAAACAAAAUUGUGUAGUGUAUAAUAACUUUCGCCUUGAGAAUACCGUAUACGGUGGAUGAAUGCAAAUUAGUCAACGAGCGGAAUUCAAUCGCACAAAACAUAAACGUGGUUUUAGAAAUAAUUGAACUCAACAAUUCAAUCGAGAUACUUUACAUGUAUAGUUGAUCGUGAAUAGAAAAAGACAACAUCCAUUGAACCUCAACUAUCAAAGAAGGAAAGAUAUCGAUCUAUUUGUAAAAACCAAAUUCGUUAGACGAAAAACAAUGUCACAUUCAACGGCCGAGACUCAACCUAUUUCCGUGUGCACAUAAUUUUUGGGAAAUUAAUUGCAGACGCGCUUUUUGUAUAUAUUUGUUCAUCAAAUAUUUUUCAAACUGUUGAAAUGACUAAAAACGUAGCGGCGAGGUUUACGAGCACAAAGACGCGAUGAAUCAAACAAUCAAUACACAUGCUUCUGUGUCGCGGCCAGUAGACGCAUUGAUAUUAGAUGCUUUUAAAAUUGGCAAUGUUUACAUUUUCUUUGUCUGCACAUUUGCACCAGACAGCACAAACAUAACGUUUCACGUUUCAAUGGCAGUGGUUUACGUAAACGCGCGUCCAUUUAGUCAAACGAAAGCAACGGUUUUGGCGAAAACGAAAGACUUUCUGGGUGCAUAUGUGCCGGUGUGCUUCUUAAAUAUUCGCAAUACAUUUGCGACUGUUUGCUUUGUAAUAAUAACAAACAAUUGAGAUACCACUUUACGCGGUCGUCUAAAUUCAAUCAAACUAUUGAAAAUUUGAAUAUUUUUUCGAGGUUUUUUUUUCCACCUAAAGUACUUUAGGUCAUUGAAUAAGUGUACUCAUUUUUAUUUAAAUUAUUGAAAAUAUUUCGAAAGAUGCCACUUGUUCACAGUAAUCUAAAUUCGGAAAUGGUGAUUAUAGAAUCUAUAUAUAAUAGCAUUCACAUGAUUUUUAAAAAAAUCGUCUGCUAAAUUCUAUUUAAAUGCCUUGAAUUUAUAAAAAAAAAAAAACAGUUUCGUUUAUCACUCAACCAAAGUAUUGAUUAAAUAAACGGACGACCUUUAACAAAUGUGCUGUAUCAUGCGUACCAAACGUUGAGCGUAAGAUUAACGACCGAAGUAUAUAUUUUCAAAUGAAUUUAUUUGUUUCACGUCGAAAUCAAUUCUGUGAAAAACAACCAAUCUCACCAAUCAUUCCUAGACGUAUUUUUCUCUUCACCGUCGGCGCGGUUAUCGAUCGCAGCAUGAUAAAAAAUGCGGAAAAUUUCAAAAUGAUGCAAAAAUACUACAUGAUACUACAUGAAAUAUUCGUUCCAUUGGCACAGUAUCACUGAUGUUCCAUAACGUAUCGUUCGUUGUUGACAACGACAACGACAACGACGACGACGACGACGACGACGAUGGUUGUAUGCAAUGUUAUUACCACCGUUUUUUUCUGCUCUUCAUGUUGUUGUGGCUGUAUAAGGAAAUCGCAAUUUUGUUUUACUUACAUUUUAUCAUCAAUUUCUCUGUGCAUUGCCGUAUGGUUUAAUCAUGGUCUGUCUCAUAUGUUAUUUUCGCAUUACUCAAUUAUUUUUGCGGUUUUGGUCGAGUAUUUUCUAUAUGUGCUUAAUGCUCUUCAUUUAUAAUCGGCAGUUUUGUCGCUGAACUAUAAAUAGAAAAAAAAUUGCCGACGUUCGAAGAACAUCAUUGACACCACUGUUGAUGCGGCUUCUUGUCUGCCACUUUUACGAUUUUUAUUAUAGACGUUAGAGUUGAAAAUGAGUGGAAAAACACACGCAAUUCUGUAUUGUGUGACACAACACGCACAAGCGUCAACGGCAAUUGCGUAAAUGUGACCGUGAAAUGUGUAAGCAGUCAAUCGUUAAGAACGUGGCAUGGAAAAACCGCAAACUUUAAAACGAUAACAAUCAUUCAGUAGCUGAUUCAUGUCGGCUCUAUUUUUGCUCAUUCUUAAAAUAGAAACUAAAACAAAGCAAUUCUUAGCCCGAUUGCACGCAACACGACCGCAGUGAUUAGGAUGAAAAGAAAAACGAAAACCGGUCAAUGCAAUUGGUUUGCGCGUUCGAAUGACGUCAUCCAAAUAUAAUUACCAUCGAUUGGCUUUAUUUCACACAGCGAUCAUUGAACCUCGUAGCUUGAAUGUGUGAUGAACAAGAAGAAAAAAACAGUUGCUCGGAACUAAUGCAAAUCAGUUGUAAUGUUGAAAUAUCGAAAUCGAAACAAACAAAGUCGAUGGUGCAAUGAAAAGAGAAAUUUCCACUAGUCAAUGCAUAGAUAAACCGUUUGCGCAAUCUAACCGGCUUAAAUUCGAUAACACAAUCAAUCACCGAACAGUAACAAAAUGGACGAGAAAUCCGUAUCUGAAUCGCGUAUUGCGAAUUGGUUCCGUGGCCAAGUGCUUUUUGUGACGGGCUCAACAGGUUUCAUGGGAAAAGUUUUGAUGGAGAAAUUGCUACGUGACUGUCCCGAAAUCAAAACAUGCUACUUAUUAAUGAGAACAAAACGUGGCAUUGAACCCGAGCAACGACGUGAUGAUUACAUAAAUCACAUGAUUUUUGAUCGAAUUCGUGAGGUGAAUCCAGAGCAAUUGGGAAAAAUUGUUGUAAUCAAAGGUGAUGUUUCGGUCGAUGGAUUGGGUAUGAGUGAAAGUGAUCGAAAACUUCUUAUCGACACAACAACCGUGGCAUUCCAUUGUGCUGCAAAUGUGCGUUUUGACCAAGAGCUUGCGGGAGCCGUUAAUAUGAACACCUUGGGAACGGAUCGUGUGCUAAAAUUGGCCGUCGAAAUGAAGCAACUGAAAGUGUUUGCUCAUGUAUCGACCGCUUAUUGCCAGUGCAAUGAAGAUGUGUUGGAAGAACGUGCCUAUGCAGCACCAAACGACCCAUUGGCCAUUGUUACAAUGACCAAGAACUUGGAUAAUGACAUUUUGGAGUACUUAACACCCAAAUUGCUGAAGGGCCUACCAAACACAUAUGCCUACACAAAAGCGCUCACCGAAGACUUGGUGAACAGUUAUGCUGGCAAAAUUCCCAUUGUUAUUGCACGACCAUCGAUUGUUACUGCCGCAUGGAAAGAACCAUAUCCUGGCUGGGUUGAAGGCAUGAAUGGACCAACUGGUCUAAUGGUUGGAGCUGCUCGCGGCGUUGUUCGGUCGAUGCAUUGCAACCCAGAUUUUCCGGCCGAUAUUGUGCCAGUAGAUGUUGCGAUGAAUGCAAUCAUCACAGCCGCAUGGGAACGUGGAUUGAAGCAGGAAAAAAAAGAUGUUGAUUUUCGAAAUAUUACUUUGGCGCACGACAAGCAAUUGACAUGGGGCCAAGCAGUUGAACAAGGACGAGAACUCUUUUAUAAAAACCCAUUGUGCUUCUCUUUAUGGUACCCAGAUGGUUCAAUCAAAUCAAAUUAUUGGCAACACUUGUUUUGUGUUAUAUUUUUCCACUAUUUGCCGGCUUAUUUUAUCGAUGGCCUUUUGGUGUUGAUGCGGAGAAAACCAUUUUUGAUUGGUAUUCAACGCCGCAUUUCACAAGGUCUGAAAGUAUUGCAAUAUUACACAACGAAAAACUGGACAUUUAAAAAUGAGAAGUUUCUACGUAUGAAAGAAAAUAUGUCUCUAAAAGACCAAGAAAUUUUCUAUUUCAGCGUUGAAGAAAUUAACUGGAUAGAUUAUCUUGGCAACUAUAUUCUUGGCGCUCGUUAUUAUCUGCUCAAAGAAAAGCCGGAAACAUUGCCGAAAGCACGCGUUCUUCUACAUCGGCUAUAUCUACUAGACAAACUGGUUUCGUUUCUGUUUUAUGGAUUGAUCUUAUGGCUGCUCUAUAAGUACUGGAGCAGCAUAAUUUAUUCGUUUGAAAGUGUAUUGGAUCAAUCAGCGCAAUGUAUUCAACAGCGCUUCACGAAAGUCUUCAACGAAUGAACACGAAAACAAUAAACGGUUUUUCAGAGAAAGAGAGAGAGAGAUCUUUUUUCGUGUCUUUUGAAUCAACUCAAUCAUACAUAACAUUAUUAGCUCUAAGCACUGCCGCAUUGCUAAAUACACGUAUUAUCCACGAUAUAUUUGUAAGUCUCAUUCGAAUUGACAUUGCAUUCAGAAAUUGAUAUUGAUUUCCGUAUUUCAUUUACUUGAACAAAAAAAAUAUUCGUACUAUGCACCUAAUUUUAUCGUAUCUAUUCUAUCUCGAAAUUCAUUUAUCUCCUAAGGCAUACAUAUCUCUCUUUUUCUAAAUAAAGGAAUUAAAUGAAUAGAAAAUUCAAAUCACAUGAAAA